AUGACUAUCAGCGCAGGUGAUGGAACCUCUGCGCCGGAGAUUCCCCUACUGAACGACGUCGUUCCAACCUCCGUCGACUUCAAGGGGAGGCCCUCCCUCCGCUCGAAAUCCGGCCGUUGGAAAUCCGCCGCCUUCGUUAUCGGAGCUGGAUGGGCGGAGAGGCUGUCGUAUUACGGUAUAAGCUCGAACCUGGUGAGCUACCUGACCGGAAAAAUGGGGCAGCCCACGGCCACGGCGGCGUCUGCUUUGAACGCGUGGUAUGGAACAGCGUCGCUUUUGCCGAUUUUGGGAGCGUUUUUAGCGGAUUCGUUCACGGGGCGGUUUCGGAUGAUUGUACUUUCCUCCGUGGUUUACAUUUUGGGACUCAGCUUCCUAUCCCUGUCGGCCGCCCUUCGUCAGGCAGACACCUCCAAAUGCAAACUCGCCUCAAUCGACAUAGCCAGCUGUGCUCCCAACCAGUUCCAGCUCGUUUUCUUCUUUUUCUCCCUCUACCUAGUCGCUUUGGCACAUGGAGGGCUCACGCCGUGCCUGCAGGCCUUGGGGGCCGACCAGUUUGACGAGGAUGACGAGGCAGAGUCCCGGGCCAAAAGCUCGUUUUUCAAUUGGUGGUAUUGUUUGUCUAUAGGGUGUAUAUUGUUGCCACUAUUGGUCCUCACUUAUAUUCAGGAAAAUGUGAGCUGGUUGCUUGGGUUCGGAAUCCCGGCAGUCAUCAUGUGCCUUGCCCUGGCUCUGUUCUUGGUCGGGUGCUCGACUUACCGGUUCCGGGUCAAGUCGGACGGGUCAAACCCGUUCGUGAGGAUCGGUCGGGUUUUUGUUGUGGCUGUGAGAAACUGGCGGGCCACCUCUGUGCCGGCAUUGUGUGGGGAGGAAGGGGUUGUUUCCAGUACAGCUUCUCAAUUUAGGUUUCUCGACAAAGCGUUGCUCCCGCGAGACGGCAAGCUCUGCUCAGCGCGCGACGUGGAGGACGCCAAGUCGAUCCUCCGCCUCGUCCCGAUUUGGUUCGCCUGCCUCGGCUACUCGAUCGUGUACGCCCAGCCGGCUGCUCUCUACACGAAACAAACCUCGACUGUCGACCGCCAUGUCACCCACUCGUUCGAGAUACCCGCCGCGGCCUUCAUGCAGCUCUUCAUCAUCUCCACAGUCAUCAUCUUGCUCCCGCUCUACGACCGCGCCCUCGUUCCCCUCGCACGUAAAUUUACCAAAACGCCCCCCGGCAUCCCGUUGCUCCACCGCAUCUCCAUCGGCUUCCUCAUCUCCCUCGUCUCCGUGGCGGCCGCCGCACUCGUCGAGCGACGCCGCCUCUUGGCCGCCCAGAGGGCCGGCCUCGAGGACCUCCAGGGGGCCGUUGUCCCCAUGAGUGUGUGGUGGUUUACGCCGCAAUACGUGCUGGCGGGGGUCUCGGACGUGUUUGCGAUGGUGGGGCUGCAGGAGCUGUUUUACGGGGAGGUGCCGGGUGAGGUGAAGAGCGUGGGGAUUGCCAUGUACCUCAGCGUUUUAGGCGUCGGGAGCUUGAUGAGCAGUUUGAUGAUAUCUGCGAUACAGAGGGUGACGAGCAGGGGAGGGCAGGAAGGGUGGUUCGCGGACAAUCUAAACCGGGCGCAUCUCGACUACUUUUACUGGGUGUUGGUAGGGUUGAGCGCGGUUGGGCUGGUGGCAUUCGUGUGCUUCACGAGUCGCAGGAUCCCUGACCAAAAACCCAUCGGGCAUAACCAUGCUCCAACGGAUAGGCACAGGGGUAUUCUUGUCUUUUACCACCAUGGUCACUGCCGCUCUCGUCGAGCGCAAACGCCUCUCGACAGCUGUCAAGCACGGGUUGGUCUACAAGCCCGAGUCAACGGUGCCGAUGAGCGUGUUGUGGUUGGCCCCACAGUACUUACUGUUUGGCCUUGCCGAGGUUUUUACAAUGGUUGGCCUUCAGGAGUUUUUUACGAUCGGGUGCCCGUUGAUCUGAAGAGCAUCGGGCUCUCGUUGUACCUUAGUAUAUUCGGGACAGGAGGGUUUCUGAGUAGCAUCUUGAUAUCGGAUAUCGAGAAGGUGACCGGUGGCGAUGGGGACUUCGGCUGGUUUGCGAACAACCUGAAUCGAGCACAUCUCGAUUACUUUUAUUGGCUGUUGUCGGGUCUAAGCGCGGUAACAAUGGCGGCAAUGAACAAUGGAUACUCGAGAAUCGAGAAAAGGCCGCAGCCUAGCUCGACAAGAUCCAAAUCGGUAGACUUUGAUGAUCGGUCUAUCCCCCAAUGCGAACCAAGAUCCAGCACACCGAAUUUCUCAAUAAGUUCUAAACUUGAAUCCAAAGAAAUCGCCAAACCAAACGGCACACUGAAGAUGAAGACCGUGCACGAAAUCGAGGAGAGUCCUGGGGAGGUUUUCGGGACUAUACUUGGCCGAAAAUGUCAAAUCUCCUCUGCAAAACAUGGGGAGAUUUUCGGGACUAUACUUGGUCAAAAAUGCCGAAUAUCCUCUGGAAAACCUGAUCAGGCAGUCCUGGAUGACCGUCAAGUCGAGAAGAAAUUGCUUCCUGUUAGGAGAUCGGCAUCGGUGUCCGAAGGUUAUUCAAGAAUCCACCAUCUGUGUGGCUCGAACGCCGAAUCAGACAGUGAAGAUGAAUGUGGGAGUGAGCUUAUUACCAACAGAAGAUGUGUGAAGAAGAAAGGCAAGUUCUUGGGGACUUUUAGGAGGUUUUUUGGGUUCUAA